UAGUAUGUCAGCUCUCCGCGGGACAACUCAGUGUAGUUUUAACUCGCGAGUGAGCAAGGCGUCCUUACUAAAAGCAUAAGUAUAUUAUUGUGUCAUAAACAUGGGCAUUUUGAAUUUUGAUGAAGACAUCGGUGAAGUUUCUACGCAGUUGGUGUUUUAUGUUAAUGGCAAGAAGGUUGUGGAGCCAAAUCCAGAUCCAGAAUGGACGUUAUUAUGGUACCUGCGCAAAAAGCUUCGCCUCACAGGAACAAAGCUCGGCUGUGCAGAAGGUGGCUGUGGCGCAUGCACAGUUAUGAUCUCCAAGUAUAAUAGAAAAGAAAAAAAAGUGUCUCAUCUGGCCGUGAAUGCUUGCUUAGCACCCGUCUGUGCAAUGCAUGGUUUAGCAGUUACAACAGUUGAAGGUAUCGGUUCAACUAAAACAAAACUUCACCCAGUGCAGGAAAGAAUAGCCAAAUCUCAUGGUUCUCAGUGUGGUUUCUGCACACCAGGAAUUGUUAUGUCAAUGUACACGUUACUUCGUAGCUGCAAAAAUAUCAAAUAUUCAGAUAUGGAAGUAGCCUUCCAAGGAAAUCUGUGCAGAUGUACUGGUUAUCGAGCCAUUAUAGAAGGAUAUAAAACAUUCUUAGAAGAUUGGGAGACAAAGCGAAUCACUAAUGGGAGUAUGAAUGGAACUUCUAAUGGCGUUUGUGGUUUAGGCAAAGAUUGUUGUAAAAAUAAGACUGAUAAAAGUGAGACCGACUUUAUAUUUGAUAAAUCAUCAUUUUUACCCUAUGACCAGAGUCAGGAGCCGAUUUUCCCACCUGAAUUGAAGUUGUACUCCACAUACGAUGACCAGUAUUUAAUCUUUCGUGGAAGCAAUGCUACUUGGUUCAGACCUACAACUAUAGACAGUCUAUUAACAUUGAAAGAAAAAUAUCCUGAAGCAAAAAUUGUUGUAGGGAAUACUGAAGUAGGUGUAGAGGUAAAGUUUAAGCAUUGUGUUUAUCCUGUAAUAAUCAUGCCAACCAGCAUUCCGGAAUUAAACUCAGUACUGGAAAUAGAUGAAGGUUUGUCUGUUGGUGCUUCAGUUACAUUAAUGGAAAUAGAAAAUACUUUAAAAAAAUACAUUGAAAUAUUACCCAAUUAUAAAACUAGAACAUUUGUCACAAUAAAUAAGAUGCUAAACUGGUUUGCUGGCAAACAAAUACGAAAUGUUGCAUCAAUCGGUGGUAACAUAAUGACUGGUAGCCCUAUAUCUGAUUUAAAUCCUAUUUUAAUGGCUCUAAAAGUUAAACUGAACAUUUUAAGUGCAAAAGAAGGUCGCCGCACAGUUUUAAUGGAUGAAACCUUUUUUACGGGCUAUAGAAAAAAUGUAGUGCAGGCAAAUGAGAUACUAUUAUCAAUUGAAAUACCUUAUUCAAAUAAGUACCAGUACGUUAAAGCCUUUAAACAAGCAAAACGACGGGAAGAUGAUAUUUCUAUAGUUACCGCCGCUGUUAAUGUACAAUUUGAAGAAUCGACGAACAAAAUCAAUAAUAUUAAUAUUGCAUUCGGCGGUAUGGCCCCAGUUACGAAAAUUGCAACGAAAACUGGUACAUUUUUAAAAGGGAUGACAUGGAACGAAGAAAUGUUAGAUAAGGCCUAUACACAAAUGUUGGAUGAGUUUCCUCUUAGUCCUUCAGCACCAGGAGGAAAUAUUCUUUAUAGACGAGCAUUGACCUUGAGUCUGUUUCUUAAGGCAUACUUGGCCAUAGGUAAAGACAUUUCUAGAGAAUACUUGCAUCAAGAUCUUAUCAUUCCUUAUCAUAGUAGUGGAGCAGAUCAAUUUCAUGGCACGUUACCCAAAAGUGCUCAAUACUUUGAGUUAGUUGACGACAAGCAAGUAAAAAGCGAUGCAGUUGGAAGACCCAUACAACAUAUGUCUGCGUUUAAGCAGGUAACAGGAGAAGCAAUUUAUUGCGAUGAUAUGCCGGUUGCUGAAAAUGAGUUAUAUUUAGCUUUUGUUCUCAGUACGAAAGCACACGCUAAACUGGUUUCCGUUGAUCCUCAAGAAGCUUUAAAAGAUCCUGGCGUAGUAGCUUUCUUUUCCGCGAAAGAUUUGACCCCAGAGCAAAAUGCUAUUGGACCUAUAUUCCAUGAUGAAGAAUUAUUCAUAAGUAAGACAGUAACAAGUCAGGGUCAGAUAAUUGGAGUCAUAGUAGCAGAAAAUCAAACAAUAGCACAAUCCGCAGCACGGAAAGUUAAAAUAGAGUACGAAGAUAUACAGCCUAUAAUUGUUACAAUAGAAGAUGCUAUUAAACAUCAAAGUUUUUUUAAGCAGUAUAAUAAGAGUAUUAAAAACGGAAACGUGAAAAUGGUAUUCGAUGAUCCCAAUAAUAUUAUUUUGGAAGGCGAAUGCAGAAUGGGUGGUCAGGAACACUUUUAUUUGGAAACUCAUGCAGCUUUUGUUAUUCCCAAAAAAGAAGACGACGAACUUGAAAUAUUUUGCUCAAGCCAACAUCCAACGGAAAUAGCGAAACUCGUCAGUCACAUAAUUCAUGUGCCAAUGAAUAAAAUAACAGCAAGAGUGAAACGUAUGGGUGGUGGGUUUGGCGGUAAAGAGUCCCGAGGAAUGUUAACUGCCUUGCCCGUCGCGUUUGCAGCUCAUAAACUUCAAAGGCCAGUACGAUGUAUGUUAGACCGAGAUGAAGAUAUGAUGAUGACUGGUACUCGUCAUCCAUUUUUAAUAAAAUAUAAAGUUGCGGUAACAAAAGAAGGAAAGAUAGUCGGUGCUGUUGUGAACAUUUAUAAUAAUGGAGGCUAUUCACUUGAUUUAUCUGGUCCAGUCCUCGAUAGAGCACUGUUCCACUUUGAAAAUUCAUACUACAUUCCAAAUUCCGAAGUAACUGGAUACAUUUGUAAAACGAAUCUUCCUUCAAAUACAGCGUUCCGUGGGUUCGGAGGCCCACAAGGAAUGUUUGGGGGUGAAAAUAUGAUAUCAGAUAUUGCAUAUAAACUCGGAAAGGAUCCCAUCGAAAUUAGAAAAAUCAAUUUAUAUAAAGAAAGCGAUAUAACACCUUAUAAACAAACUCUUACCCAUUGCACCCUACAAAAAUGUUGGGAUGAAUGUGUUGAAAAAAGUAAUUUAGCUCAACGGAAGCAAGAAGCCGAAAAAUUCAAUAAACAACACAGAUGGCGUAAGCGCGGGUUAUCUAUAGUACCCACUAAAUUUGGUAUUGCAUUCACAGAGAAGUUUUUGAAUCAAAGCGGUGCUCUUGUCAUCAUUUAUAUGGAUGGUUCAAUACUUAUUUCACAUGGCGGCACUGAAAUGGGUCAAGGGCUUCAUACAAAAAUGAUUCAAGUGGCGUCAAGAGCCCUAGGUGUUGAUGUUUCUAAAAUUCAUAUUAGUGAAACUGCGACUGAUAAAGUUCCAAACACAUCCGCUACUGCGGCAAGCGCCGGUUCCGACCUCAAUGGAAUGGCAGUUUUGAAUGCUUGUCAAGUUUUAGCGGAGCGGUUGCAACCUUAUAAAAAAAAGAAUCCAAAUGGUAAAUGGGAGGAUUGGGUUUCAGCGGCUUACUUUGAUAGAGUGAGUCUAUCAGCAACAGGAUUUUAUGCCACUCCCGAACUUGGGUAUAAUUUUGAAAGAAAUGAAGGAAGAGCAUUUAAUUACUAUACAUAUGGCGUUGCUUGUAGCGAAGUAGAAAUUGAUUGUUUAUCUGGUGAUCAUCUAGUUAUAAGAACGGAUAUCGUAAUGGAUUUAGGAGAGAGUUUGAACCCAGCUAUAGACAUCGGACAAAUUGAGGGUGGAUUUAUUCAGGGAUACGGCUUGUUUACGAUGGAGGAGCUAAUCUAUUCUCCAACAGGCACUUUGUAUUCUCGUGGGCCCGGUGCUUAUAAAAUCCCCGGUUUUGGUGAUAUUCCUCAAGAAUUCAAUGUGUCGCUACUUAAAGGAGCCCCAAAUUUGAGAGCUGUUUACUCGUCAAAGGCGGUUGGAGAACCACCGUUGUUCCUCGCAAGCUCUAUAUUUUUUGCAAUAAAGGAGGCUAUAAGAGCUGCCCGAGCUGACGCGGGGGCUCCUUUGGAAUUCCGACUGGACUCGCCUGCGACUUCAGCGCGUAUACGAAUGGCUUGUGAAGAUCAUAUAACUAAAAAGAUACCAGUAUCCGAUCCUAACAGCUUUGUUCCGUGGAACGUUGUUCCUUAGUGUUGUACUAUUAAGUAGAAAAUUAUAUAUUAGAUUUAUUACGUAGCAUCUGUCUUAAACAUCAGGAUCUGAUGUGGAGUUAAAUACGUUUGAAUAAAUGUACAAUAUGUAGUAUAUAAGAUAAAAGUAGAUGUCAGUUCAUGAACUCCAAAAAGGAAAAGGGAUAGCUAUUUUAUUUUUAAAUAUUGUGUAUAAAAAAAAACUUAGAUUUUCUUUAGAAAUAUGUAUUAUACCUAUAUGUAUAUAUCUAUUGCCCCGAUGUAUAUUCUGUGUAAUAAAUGCUUGAUAAAAAUAAA